UUUUCAAAUAGUGUUUGGUGCGGUUCAGCCUCUAUGGGUUCAGCGAUUUCAGAUUUGUAAAUUACGUGAAAGUGCGCCAAAUAUCACAUGUUUUAUGUCAUUCUGGCAGGCCACAUCACUCGAAAAUAAAUAAAGUUGUGGAAAUGUCAAUAAAAAUGAAACACACGUGUAAAUAAUUAAAAUGUGGCUGAUAAAAUAUUUUACACACUUUAGAUAAUUUUAUUUUUAUCAAAUUAUCUCUUACAGCCUUCGAAUUGAUAAACUAAAAUAGUUUAAAUGAAUUUUAAAGGAGAUAAUUCAUCGGAGAUGGUGUUAACGAUUCAAGACUGGCGACAAGCAUUAAGGACUCCUCACAGUUAUCGUGUUGGAAAUCGAACAUUACGAAUACAAACAAAAUUCAUGUCUAUUAUCAUCCUAUCUGGCCUUUUAAUACUGUUAAUCAUUUACAUAUUUCCCGAAAACAAUGAAAUUGUAAGCGAUUAUCAGUUUCAUAAGAAGAAAUUUUAUAAUAAAUCGUAUCCUCUAAGUGCACCGAUUAUAUCUCCACAAAUUAGAACGUUUCGUAUUGGAAUCAUUGCUGAUUUAGACACAAAUUCAAAGUGCUUGAAAGAAACAUGGUGUUCGAAUUUUCGUAAAGGUUUUUUAAGUUAUAGCAAUAUUGAUUCUUCAGUGGUUAUUAGUUGGGAUAAGGGUGAAGAUAUUAUGCUCAAAUCAAAUUUUGCUUCAAAAGGACGAGGAAUGGAACUUUCUGAAUUAGUUGUAUUUAACGGCCGAUUGUUAACAUUUGAUGAUCGUUCGGGUAUUGUUUAUGAGAUUAUAAAUGAUAAAGCAAUACCUUGGAUAAUUUUAGUCGAUGGAGAUGGAAGUACAUCGAAAGGAUUUAAAUCUGAAUGGGCUACGGUGAAAGAUGAAAUUUUAUAUGUGGGGUCUAUGGGUAAAGAAUGGACAACUGCAGGUGGUGAUUUCGAAAAUCAUAAUCCACAGUAUGUUAAAUUAGUUUCUCCAAGUGGUGAGGUGAACCAUGUUAAUUGGGUGGAGCAGUACAAAGCAGUGCGAGGUAUAAUGGACAUAACUUAUCCAGGUUAUAUGAUCCAUGAAAGUGGUGUUUGGUCUGACAUACACUCAAAAUGGUUUUUUUUACCAAGACGAUGCUCAAAAAAUCGUUAUAAUGAAACAAUUGACGAAACUAUGGGUUGUAAUGUUUUAAUUACUGCUGAUGCUAAUUUCAGUAAAAUUGAAAUGGUCAAAAUAGGAGAACUACAACCAACACAUGGUUUUUCUACUUUUAAAUUUAUACCAACAACAGAUGAUACCGCCAUAGUAGCUUUAAAAACAGAAGAAUAUCUAGGACAAACUGCUACAUAUAUUCUAGCAUUUACAAUAGAUGGUAAACAAUUGUUACCUGAAACACGUGUAUCCAGUCAUUUGAAAUUUGAAGGCAUUGAAUUCAUUUAAAAAAACGUCAUUUAUUUCUAAAAA